GCGAGCGGAAGCCGGGCGGGGAGCGGCGGGCGCGGGUUUCUCUAUGGUGGGGAGUGGCGGGGCCGGGCCCGGAGCUGCGGGGCCGGGGGCACGGGCUGGGGAGCUCUGGGGAGGUGUGGGGCCGGGCCGGGGCUGUGGGGCAGCGCCGGGCGGUGCCCUGACCCCCCGCGGGCAGCGGUGCGCGGGUGCUCCCCGGCCCCCAUGAAGCUGCGGGACGCCCCUUCCGUCUGCCCGUCCCUGUGGCGCUGGUUGCCGUGCCCGCCGGCCGAGCUGCGCCUGGACCUGGUGCUCUCCUCGGGACAGAGCUUCCGGUGGUGGGAGAGCAGCCCGGGGGCGUGGACGGGUGUGCUAGGGGGCCGCGUCUGGACACUACGGCAGGACGGGGAUCGGCUCUGGUACACGGUGUACGGCGAGGAGGAGGAGCACGAGGAGGGGGAAGAGGGGGAUGAGUGCCCGGCCAAAGCAGCGAAGCUGAACGCGGCAGAGACGGAGCGGAUCCUGCGUGACUACUUCCAGCUGGACGUGGGGCUGUCGGCCCUGUACCAUGCCUGGGGGGCGGCCGACCCCCUGUUCCGCAAGGUGGCCAAUGACUUCCCAGGGGUGCGGGUGCUGCGGCAGGACCCCGUCGAGUGCCUCUUCUCCUUCAUCUGCACCUCCAACAACCACAUUUCCCGCAUCACUGCCAUGAUCGAGCGCCUCUGCCAGGCCUUCGGCCGCCGCCUCUGCUGCCUCGAUUCCCGGCCCUUCCAUGCCUUCCCAUCCCUCUCGGCGCUCACAGGUGCUGAUGCCGAGGCCCGGCUGCGGGCGCUGGGCUUUGGGUACCGGGCCAAGUUUGUCAGUGGGAGCGCACGGGCCAUCGCUGAGGGGCUCGGCCCCGAGGGGCUGUGCCAGCUCCGCACCGCGCCCUAUGCCGAGGCCAGGAGGGUGCUGUGCGCCCUGCCUGGCGUAGGUGCCAAGGUGGCCGACUGUGUCUGCCUGUUGUCCCUGGACAAGGCGGAGGCGGUGCCUGUGGACACCCACGUCUGGCACAUCGCACGGCAGCGCUAUGGCGUGGCGCUGGGCGGCAAGAGCCUCACCCCCCGGGCCUACCAGGAGAUCGGCGACUUCUUCCGGGGGCUGUGGGGCCCUCGUGCUGGCUGGGCACAGGCAGUCCUGUUCUGUGCUGACCUCCGCAAGGGCCAGAAGCCAGCCAGCAGCCAGCAUCAGGCCUGAGAGAGCUGAGGCUGGGACAGCUUUGGGGGUGGGCUCCUCUAGGGACACCCCAGGAGGAACAGAGGCUUGAGUGGGACACUGCACCUGCUGCCAGCCUGGGACGGAGGAGUGUGGGCUGCUGCCUGCCCACUGUGUGCACGGGGGAAGCUGCUGCCCUGGGCCGUGAAGCUGGGGAGGUCAGGGCUGUGUCCAACUCCCUCAGUGCAGAGCUGAGCCAAGCACCUUUGGCCUCUUGCCUUUAUUACAAGCAAUAAAAUAGAAACAUCCAUUUGGAAAA